AUGAAAUGUAGUCGAUGUUUGCGGCCGUUUGCGGUAGAAGAUCAUAUCGAAAAGAAAGCUCUUCUUAUCGGUAAAGAUAGUUUAAUGAUUUAUUGUGAUGAUUGUUCUAUUUGUUAUCUUUGUUUUCGUGAUAAAAAAGAGUAUUUAGUUAGAUGUAAGAGAUGUGGGUAUCAUUAUCACCAUCCUAAAUGCACAACUGGAUCAAGACUUAGUACUACUCAGAGUAAUUAUAACCCACCAGUUAAACUUAUCAAUAAUUUAACAAAUAUUAAUCACUUAUCUAAUGGUGUUAUUAGUGAUAGUAAUAUUGAUAGUAGUAGUAAUAUUGAUAGUAACUUAUCUAAUGGUAAUGUUAACAGUAAUAAUGAUAGCUUAUCUAAUGUUGAUAGUAGUAGUAACUUAUCUAAUAAUGAUGAUAAUAGUGAUAGUGAUAGUAGUAGUAGUAGUAGUAGUGAUAACUUAUCUAAUGGUGAUAGUCAAAAUCAAAAUCAAAAUCAAAAUUAUUGUGAUAAAGAUAAGAAAAAUAUGAGUGAUGAUAGUACUGUACUGGGUGGUGAGGAUUGGUGUUGUAAGAAGUGUUUGGGAUUGAGUUGGGAAAUGACUUAUCGUGAUUUAGUAGGUCCUGAAGUACCUGUUCUGGAACGAGUACUUGAGAAUGUGAAUGAAGACUUGGGCUUGAAAGUACGUGAGAUUUGUAAGAGGGUUAAAGGUCCUGGUCGUAGUGAAGGUGGGAUUAAGAAGGUUUAUUUAGAAGAAGUAGAAAUGAAGCCUUUAUUUGCUUCGCCUUAUCCUGAGGAGUAUGUCCGUUAUGGCAAUUUAUAUAUUUGUGGCCAGUGUUUAGAUUGCUUCUCUUCUGAAUAUACUCGGGCUAGACAUAAGUUGAAGUGUUUUAAUGUUUAUCCUCCUGGUCAGUUAUUGUAUUUAGAUACUGAUGGAGUGUGUAUUUUUGAAGUGGAAGGAUCUUUACAGAAGAGUUAUUGCCAGAGUUUAUGUCUGCUGGCUAAGAUGUUUUUGAAUCAUAAGACGUUAUAUUAUGACGUUGAGCCUUUUUUGUUCUAUGUUCAAGGUGAGAUAAAAGGAGAUAAGUUUGAGAUACAAGGAUACUUUUCAAAAGAAAAAGAAUCUGGAUCUAAUAACUUAUCUUGUAUUGUUGUUUUUCCUCCCUAUCGUAAGACAGGUUUGGGAUCUUUUUUGAUUGAUUUCAGUUACUUACUAACUAAACGGCGUGAAAAGCCGCCUUAUAUAGCUGGUCCCGAACAACCUUUAUCAGAAGAAGGAGAAAGAGCUUAUUUAACUUACUGGUGCGAUGUUUUAGUUAGGUAUGUUCUAUCGCAAAAGUAUGCUUUACAAGGCGAGCGGUGUUUACAGCUUAUUUCUAAUGGCACAGGUGUAUCUGUCCGAUCUUUAAAGAAAGCUUAUCAAGAACUCACUAAGAUUUACAAGAAACCGCCUGGUUUUGCUGAUCUCCUAGCCAAUCGCUAUGCUGUGAAACGAACUCGACGUAUUAAUAGGCAGGGCUUGCGUUUAGGAGCAAUCUUAUCUAGUAGUAGUAGUAUUAAGGAUAGUAGUGAUAAGAUAAGUGAUAUUAAUGAUGGAGAUAAGAUAGGUGAUAUUGGUAGUGAUACGCCGGGAGUAUCAGAAGGGGAUAUAUCUGAAGAUAACAAGCAGUAA